UGCACCCAGGAAAACAUUUAUCUGUUUUUCCUUUAAUUAUCAAAUAAAAAGUAAAAGAUUUUCCUACUUUCCUAUUUCUUAAGUGAAUGGUUGAAAGCCGCCUGUUUGGUCUGUGUUUCAUGAUAGAAGGAAGUUACAGCGAAGUUUAUAUUGACAAUGCAGUACUAAACAUCUUGGCACCAUUUGUGAAGAAGUGGCAUAUAGAUUGAAAUGCUAAUUUCAGAAAGGACUUAUUCCGACCGACACUGAGCACAAACAUGAAACAGACUGAGCCAGUUAUGUCUGCAUGGUGAGACAUCAAAAGAUGGAAGUAGAGGAGAAAUAAAACACAGAGAGAGUGGUUACUGAUGCUUAUUCUGCAAAUUCUGAUUCCUAUGUUAGUCCUGUGAGCAGUGAUAAACAGUAAAGUGUACGAGUUCGCAGAUCUCUUGAAUCAUUUCAAGGUUUGGUGAAAGUUUAAGAGUUGUUGGAAAAAUGCUAAAAAGGACGUAAGAAGAACUACAGUAUGCCUCCUUCCUGGGGAGAGGUUAUUUCCAUUUGCUACUGGAUGCUCUGCUUGGCCUCAGGGAGACACUCGUGGGGCAACUUUGUCUCACAACAGUCACUGCAGGAUCCUUGUUAUGACAGUAACAAGCGCCCACAAUUCUGCAUCCCUGAUUUUAUCAACAUUGCCUUUAGACAUGAGGUGAAGGCUUCUAGCACCUGUGGAAGGACUCCACAGGAUUUCUGCACUUACCAGGACAAGUUCAAUAUCAGCAGCAGGACGUGCAGCAUCUGUAAUGUUUCCAACCACAGGACAUCCCAUCCACCCACCUACCUGACUGAUCUGGAUAAUCCUUUCAGUGUUUCCUGUUGGUAUUCAGAAAGAGGCAUGCAAUAUCCCAAAAAUGUCACUCUUACUUUACCCCUUGACCGAAGAUAUGAAGUAGUCUAUGUCAGCCUUCGCUUCUGUACACCCAGACCAGACUCUAUGGCCAUCUAUAAAUCAAUGGAUUAUGGGAAAACUUGGGUGCCUUUUCAAUUCUACUCUACCCAGUGCAGAAAAAUAUUCAACCGACCCAAUAGAGUGAUGAUUAGCAAAUUAACAGAACAUGAGGCCAUCUGCUCUGACUCUCAAAUGGAUGUCACUCCUCUGACUGGGGGUCUUGUGGCCUUUAUGCCACAGGAGGGGAGACCUUCAGCCUACAGUUUUGAGUACAGCCCUGUUCUUCAAGACUGGGUAACUGCCACUGAUAUCAAGGUUGUGUUUCAUCGCUUACACACUGGCAAAAGUGUGGGGCAAAAUGCAGAGACUGCUUUCUAUGGUGUUUCUGACUUUCAGGUAGGUGGGCGUUGUAAGUGCAAUGGGCAUGCUUCCCGCUGCUACCGUGAUAGAACUGGAAUGGUGUGUGACUGCAAACACAACACAGCUGGACCAGAGUGUGAUACCUGCAAACAAUUUUUCUAUGACAGACCAUGGCAACGAGCCACACCUAAGGAUGCAAAUGAGUGUGUAGCCUGUAACUGUAACCUCCAUGCCAGGCGAUGUCGAUUCAACAUGGAGCUGUUCAAAGUCUCGGGACGCAAGAGUGGAGGAAUAUGCCUCAACUGUCGGCACAACACUGCGGGAAGACACUGUCACUACUGCAAGGAUGGUUACAAACGGGACAUGAGUAAGGCACUUACACACAGGAAAGUGUGUACACCUUGCCAGUGCCAUCCAAUCGGUGCGAUAGGCACAACAUGUGACCAGCAAACAGGACAGUGUCGCUGUAAGAGUGGAGUCACCGGUCUUACCUGUAAUCGCUGUGCAGAUGGCUUCCAGCAGAGCCAGUCACCUCAUAUACCUUGCAGGAAAAUUGAAGAAAUAAUGACAACAACCCCACAAUACAGACUGGAAUGGAACACAGGCACCGAGUGUGGAUCAUACUGCAAACCAACACAUGGAAGAGUGAGAAUGAACUUAAAGAAGUACUGUCGAAAAGACUAUGUCCUCCAAGCACAACUAAAGGCUAUGGAGAGAUCUGGUGAGUGGUGGAAGUUUUCUAUUACUGUACUGUCCAUCUAUAAGCAGCGUAGAAUCCCACUCCGAAGGGGAGAGCAGUCUCUGUGGGUGCCUGACCAAGACCUGACCUGUGACUGCCUACGGCUGCAGGUUGGAAAAACCUACUUAAUCAUUGGAAGUGAUGAGGAGUCACCAGACCCCGCUCGUCUCAUUCUGGACAAAAACAGCUUAGCCCUUCCCUGGCGAGAUGUAUGGGCUAGAAAGUUGCGGCGGUUCCAGCAAGCAAGCAAAAGGGAAACAUGCAAUGCAACAUGAAUACUAAUAGACAAAAUUAUGUGAUUCAUCAAAAAAUGUUGGCUGAACUUUGAGAUCUGAAUUGCAAAACUGACUUUAUAUUUCUUGGCAGACAAAAGACUACCCAUGAGUAAUGCAUGUGCAGACAAAACUGUACACUGGCCACAGUUUGCUACUCCAUUUCCAGUGUCCACUUUAGGCAGGAAGCUGCAUUUCUUCUUAGACAUCCAGUCACUUCAUUUGUGCAUAGUGCUGAAAACUCUAUGAUGUGAAGACUGGACUUCACUGAAAAGAUAUAUGAGCAAAACUAAAGGCUUUAAUAAUUAUUAAGUAGAAACUGGACAGUGACAAAAAAUAUAAACCAGAAGAAUUUGCUUUGGGGCCAUAUUUUCAGUUUGCUGAAACAGGGUAAUUUUAUAAAAGUAAUUUGCAGAGUCAGAAACUGUCCUUUUAUAUGGACUUGCAGAAACAAAUUGUCAAAGUAAGUUUAUUUGGAGUGGGCUUAUGAGUGGAGUCAGCUUUCUAAAGUAAUCAUAUGAUUUGUUGGCAUAAUUUUCAGUAUUUGUUAGUAUAUGUAUGAAUAUUCUCAGAUUUAUUUUAUUGAUUGAAAAAAUAGUAACCUCUAUGAAAAUAUUUGUUUGGAAUAAAGUAGUCAACAACUGCUGUUGUAUAUAAAAAUAUUUUUUUUUUCAUUUUUUUAAUUUAUCUUCCCGCUAGACAGAGGUGUGGUAUGUAGAUGUCUCUGUGCACGUCCAUUCUGAAUAGAGUUUUCUUGUAGUGUGUUGCAAACCACAAAAAAUGUCACAUGAGUUAGACAUCAUCCAGUGUUUGAUGAAGCAGUGUUCUUGUCAUCUAGGGGCAAUUAUUAACUAUAUCUUUAAACAAGUCCUUAAAAGGCUUUUUACAGUUGCAUAUCUAUUACUGUUCUAGGAAGGAACUCACUUUUAUAGUACAGCAAAAAAUGUCUUUGCAUUCUUUACACCAUCUGAAAGUGUCUAUGUGAAUGAUAUUGUUUCAUCCAGAAAUAUACAAGGUACAGAAACCUGCUUUUGCUUCUGAUACCGCAGACCAGUAUCAUUUAAUUAUAUCAGACUUCUCUGUUACCAGCCAUUCAAAACAAAUAAGUAUCCUUGUGGGGGAAACUAUAAUUAAUGCAGUGAGAAAAAAUAACGCUUUUAGAAUUUAUUGAGAUUGAGUUGACAUGAUUCCACUCUGUAAAUAAGCCGAACAUGUCCGUGUUAUCAACUGUAUUUUGAACAUUUUGAACUUGUGUACAAGACACAUUAAUGUAUUUAAUAGCAACACCAAUUAGGGUGCCUUAUUAUGCUCUCAUACAUUAAACAAUAUUUGCAUCUUCCACAAAAUCCAUAUAUUUUGCCAUCUGAAACAAUUGUGUAAAUGUUAUGUCAUAAAUACAACAGCAACAGAAUUGUACCUCUUGUCCUAAAAAUCAAGACGUGGGUGUUAUCACUGACUAUAUCACAAGGAUGACUAUAUACAUCCCUUUUUUAUAGACCAGGAUGAUUGCUGUCUCUUUGUGGUUUGAGACAUUGCUAAAAUCUGUUUUUAUGGGUAUCUGUGUAGGGGAUAGAAGAAGCUUUUAGUCUGUCAUAAAAAAACUACCCCAGACAUUUCAAUCAUAAAUGAAAUAUGAAUACUUGUAAGACUACAUGUAAAAUGAGUACUAGAGAGCGCUUUAUGUUAAAUUUGUUUAUUAGAGUUUUGUCUGUUUCAUGCAUUCUGUUCUGUCUGUCUGGCCCUCAUUACAAACUGAAUGAUGCAUAAAUUUUAGUGAUAGGGGUCACAUACAAUAUACCUGGAGACAAAUAUGGUUGAGAGAGUGAAAUAAAA